UGUGUAGGAGGCUCUUACGAUCAUUUCGUUUGUUAUUUGGAAAACAUUUUCUUUUUUUCUAGCCUAGGCCUACUUGUUUAUCUUCAUUGCGAAAAAGAAGAUUAUUUUCACUGUAGAUUCUGGAUUAUAUAAAACAGUUUCUAGGUACAUCAUGAGAAAAAUCAUUACUGAGACUUUUGUUAAUUUCUGUCUGAGCUGUGAUGCCCACCACAGCAGCGUCCUCAGUCCGUUUAUCAUGCGUUCAGUCAUAGGAGCAUUACCGUGUGUCGCCACUAAGUGGUGCUGUAGGCGAAGCAGGGCGGGGGUGGUGCUUGGUACGCAUACCGAUGGUCCGUAGCAGCCAAUCAUUGAAGAGCGAUGCUGCCCCUGCUGCAUUUCUGUAUUUCUAUCGAUGGAAGGGUUUUAAUGUGUCCCUCAAUACCUAAACCACACCAUGAAAGCUGAAGUAUUAUAGGUAUUAUAGAAGUAACCUCGGUCCAAAAUUAACCUUUACCCGCCAGUGGAAAGGUCCACCUGCCAAAGGGUCAAAUCUAUUCGCUAUGGCAGAGUUGAAUGUUGACCCCAAGCAGGCGAAGAGUUUUCGUAACCUGUGUACAGACAGAGGGGAGCACAGGGGCAUCAGUGACCACCCUACCCGCCCUACAACACAAAGCCAUAUGCAGUGUAAGCAUUUGGCUGAGCGCAGGCCCGUAGCCUGGCGCAGUGGAACCUGCUAGUGGAGCUACACAAUACUGUGAUCCCAGGCCCCGGCAGACCCCUCCACCCUCUCUCCCACUGUUUAUUCGGUGUUUCUCUCCAUCGCCCCGCGGCAGGCUGGCGGGAGCAUGGGCUCGGGGAGCGUGCUGAAGUUUGCGCUGUGCGAAGCGCUGCAGUUCGCGGGCCUAUGCGUUCCGCUCUUCAUCAUCGUGCAGAGGUUCGCCGUCAUCGUGGCGCGGGUGAAGACGUCCGCGCAGCCGCCGGGCGACGGCCACACCGCCUACUGGCUGAUAGUUGCCUCCUCGGUGGCCUACGUUACCACUGUGGCGCUGCUCGUCUGGGUGCCCAUGAAGUACAUGGUGUUCAUGAAGAAGAAGUUUCUGUUGAGGAAGAAAUGGCGUCCUGUGGCCCUGGUGUACGUGGUCCUCUCCACGCUACCCUGUUUCGCUGUCCUCAUCGCAAGCUCAGAGGUCCAGAUAAACAACAACAUCCAGAGCGAUACGUUCACGGAGCUCCCCGUGUCGCUGGUCCUCUUCUCGCUGGUGUGCAUCGACAUCGUGGAGAGGAUACGCUACUGCAGGCUGACGGGACAGGCGACCGACGUGGAGCGAGACGCUGAGAUCCCCUCCAUGGUGCUGACCCACAUAGAGCACGUGACCCCCGGUGCCGCCGCCGCCCCGCCCGCUCCUACAGCGGCGCCGGCACCGGCGGCCCCGCCCGCGGCCCCCGCCGACCCCGCGGCCCCCGCGGCGGGAGCAGCGGCGCCCAGCGGGCCGGGGACGGAGGCUAACGGUACCGUGCCUGGGGCCCCAGGUCGCCCCGGGCGACCGUUCAGCGUGUCGGGUCUGAGCUCCAACUCGGCGGGCAGCGGCGGCGUGGGGGUGUACCGCCCGCAGCCGUACGGCUACAACGGCCCGCUGCGCUUCCUGUGCGCCGCCGACGCCCGCGCCGACGUCUUCGCCGACGGCUUCCUGUUCUGGAUGGACACGGUGGAGAUGGUGCGCGUGGCCGGCCUGCCCGCCGUCUACUACUCGGGCUGGGUGUUCCCCAUCUACAUCUUCAGCUUCCUGUCCUGCCUGCGCCUGGUGGUGAUGCCGCGCAGCGUGCUGCUGUCGGCGCUGGGCGUGGCCCUGCAGGACCUCCCCUUCCUGUUUGUGCGCAUCGGCCUCAUCGCCUUCUUCGGCUUCGUCACGCCCGUGCUCUACCUGAUGAAGAACCUGCUGGUGUGCCUCGCCUUCGUCUACUUCAACUUCAUGACCAAGCUGAGGUUCCUCAACACGGAGAGGAUGUACUUCUAGACCCCCGACCCCCCCACCCCCGCCACGCAGUAGUGGAGGAAAACAUGGCGGACACGGGCCGGGCGAGGGGGCCGCCGUGUGGAGCUCCGUUGAGACGUUAGCAGGGUAGCGAUGGAUUAAAGCAUGGGCAGAACUUUGAUGUCUUCUUUGAGCGAGCCGCCGCCGCGGGGGAAAUAAUAACAGCUGUUGUGACAUUUGAUCACAAGAACUGGAACUGUGUUUCUAAGUGUCACCAAAUUCUUUGUCGUUUUUCGUCAAUGUUAAAAGUAACUUUUUAAAUCACCCAUCCCACCUCAGACCGGUUCUUGAACCACAGCACCUUCAGAAUGUACCUGUGUUUUUUCUAUGACCAUUAAGAGUGUAAAAUAGAUAUCAAUCGAUGUUGUAACCUUGAGCUUUGAGUUAUGAACACAACCACCACAUAGAAAUCAAGUUUGAGUUUGUAUUAUUGAUCUACAUAUUUGGAUAAAAUUAAUAAAACAUUUAAAAUGGA